CACGUGGUCAUGCUCCGAAUGCCUGAACACACAGUCUGUUUUUUAAGUGAAUCCACGGAAAACAAUCCAAAGCCUCAGGACCUUAAAAAUGCACUUGACAAGCAAAGCGCUUCAGGUUCCUCGAAAUCUGUCAAUUCUACAGACUACAAUUACGAAGUUGUUGGCACCGUGACUGAUCGUUCCACUCUGAGUGAUGAAAUGGCAGCUAUGUGCGCCAAGUUUCCCAUUUAUCGCAUUAAGAGGAAGAAGGUCUCUAUGAGUGUCGAAAAAGAAAAGAUCCAAGGUGGUAAAGACAGGAAAAAGAGGGACAUCUGCAUCCGCUGCUGGAUUGGCACCUGUUACCGCUCCAGCACAAAAUUUGUAAAUGGAAAGAUUCAGAUCAUUAUUACUAUUUAUAAGUGUUGGAAAUGCAUCACAUAUUUUUGCUGAAGACCAACAGUCGUGAGAAAACCUCUUCAUCCAGAAUUCUCAGCCAGGAAAAUGAAAAUUGACGCAUUUUAUUAUUGAUAUCGUGUUAUAGAACGUGUCAAAAACAAAACACUGCAAGAAAAAAAAAAGAAUGGCUGUUUGCUUAUUUUUAAAAAAAUAUUUUACAUUUUAUGAUUUGUUUGUAGAGUUUACGUGUUUGCAAAAAUAAUAAAGAAUCAGAUGAAUCGAGCAAAUCAAA